CUACAGUCGAGCUUUUUAAUUCAGAACUGAAGCCUCAACUUCAUCUUCCCGCAUUCGCUGCGGAUCAAUGAAGAUAUCUCAGAAAUCAAAGAGGGCGGUCUCCCCGCACCCUCAAGUAGCAGAGCUUGUCACAAAGCUCGUAAACACCCCAAACGAUGAUCUUGCCGACAUUUUGGCCGAUAUUGACACCUGGAAAUGGCCGCGAUCUGAUCUCAACGCUUGGACUAAGGUCCUUGAUAAGUUCGAUGUCAUCCUAGAGGAAGCCAUCCGGGAUUACGAUGUGGACAAGUUGCAGAUAAACGUUUUCACUCCAGCGACGAAGAAAACUAUAAGCCAUAUUCUUAGGUUUGAGAGGCUUCUGUUGGAGAACUCCACCAAUCGCAAAACCUUCAACUCCUAUGAUAGGCUUAAUUCCCUGCUGUUUACAUCAGAUCUUGACGUGCUUACGCUGGCACUAAGCCUUCUCCUUCGCCCCGCACAACAAUACUCCGCUCAGCCCGCGGUAUCGACAGCUCUUAGCAUAUCCACACCCCGUUUGCUCUCCCUUUCCAAGCGGUGGCCUCAUAUCCACGAACAUGGAAUAAGCUUGCUGGAUCUUGUCAGUGCAAACGGUCUGUCGCAGGUUGAUGUUCUGCCUGCCGAAGCUCGUGAUGUAAGUUUCGUUUGUUACCGAACUGACCCGAAGGAGAAGGGACAUGGGAAGGAAACCGAUCACAGCGAAGCCAUACCGUCCAGUCCUCGCAAACUCUCCGUUCCGCCCUCGACUUCACACUCAUAUGCGUCUACCAUUCAUAUUGACGAAGAGACCCUGAAGAACAAGACAGUCAUGGAAAUCAUGGCGGAUGUAUUGGAGACGCAUCCGCUGAAUAACGAUGACAAGUUUGAACUCCUUUGUCGUGUUCGAUCUGCCAAGGCACUUACCAGCGGCAACGAAAUUAUGAGAGAGGAGCUUGUCGUCAUACGACUGAUUUGCAUCGCCAUCUAUGGCCAUACACACAACGAGACUCAAGCAUCAUCGACACUUUUCCUGUAUGAGCCGGAUCUCACUACCCACAUCGCUGAACUACUCCAGUUGGAUCGUGGGGUUUCGAUACCUGUGCAGACAGCGGCUAUCUCAGCACUGGACUCGAUCGCUAGGUACCGAGGCAAGGUGACCGAGGUGCUGGGUGCCGUAAAUGCUGCCGUCAACCAUGGGAUCAUCAUGACGCUUCUGCGAAAGACUAUCUUGGAGGUUAGCAGUCCGGAGAGCAGAAUCUCAGCUACCUUCGUCGAGUCUCUUCUUUCAUUUGUGACCUACCUUGCGCAGCAUGUCAACGGGGGAAAUAUGCUUGUUAGCGCAGGCCUGGUUCCCUUAUUGGUUCAGAUCAUGGAGAAUAAGUUGGCUCAGAGACUCCAGAUGGUCUCGAAGGCUAUGCAAUUGGUGGAUAACAUCCUCUACGCUUUCUCAAAUGCGUUCCAGGUAUUUUCAAACUCCCGUGGGGUCGAAGUCUUGGUAGCCAGGAUCCAGCACGAGGUCGACUUUGAUAUCACUAUGUACGGCAACGAGCGCUCCAGGGACUUAUUUGGUUCGUACGGACAACUUCCAGUUCCAAGGGCCGCUGUCCUCAAACACACGUUACGCUCCAUACAUCGCAUGAUGCAGUCAACCGGUACAUCUGAAGGGCUGCGCGGCCUCAUUGAUUCCACUCUGCCACAAUCAAUCAAGAAGAUCAUGGAAUAUCGUGGCCUGUUUGGUCCCAAUCUUCUGCCUCUUGCCAUGAACAUAAUGGCCACAUUUAUUCAUAACGAGCCGACGUCGCUUGCGACGAUUCAAGAAGCAGGCUUGCCUCAGGUGUUUUAUAAGGUGAUCGAAGCAGGUUUGGAACCUGUCAUUGAACUCAUCCAAGCUAUUCCCAAUGCAAUCGGGGCGCUUUGCCUCAAUCAAGUCGGUCAGGAUCAGCUUGCAACUCGCCCAAGCGUCAUACCUGGCAUUAUCUCGAUCUUCACUUCUGAGAGCCAUAUCAAGGUCCUUCGUGAAAAGGAAAACGCCGUACUAAUGGGCACCGCCAUUGACGAGUUGAUCCGUCACCAUCCAACACUCAAAACUCCUAUUUUUGAUGCUGUCAAGUCUGCGUUGAGUAAAAUCGAGGAUCUCGGGAAUGCUUUCGUGAUUCCCGAGGACAAGAAAGAGUGGUAUGGUCUCAUGCUUGCGUCGCAAACUACGGACAAGGACGACAAGGACGACAAAAGCGAUAUCAUUCUGAUGGAUGUUGUGGAAAGUGACGUUCGUUCUGAUGCUCAAGGGGACGCAUCUGACGAUGAUUUGCUGAGGAGUCAUGACAAUAACAUAGUUCUUUAUGUAGAUGUCUUGUGCCGAUUUCUUGAGGGUCUGUUUCAACAUACGCAGCAUUGCAGAGAUUUCAUCAAGAAUGUCGAGGGUCUCGAGCGUAUUGGCAGGCUCACUGCCUUGCCAUGCCUUCCAUAUGAUUAUGCGAAUAGUGUUGCUUCAGACUCGCUAGUACAAGUUAUUCGGACGAUGGCGGACGUAGAACCCAAUCAGGCACUUCGCCAUCUUUCAAAACUUGUGGAGAAUUCCCUUUCCGACUCUCGAAGUUUCUGGGCGACUCCUCAGUCCCACUCCAUGUUGGCGCCUUUCAUUGAUCUUACAGAGGAACAGGAAGGUGCAGCAAAUCAACAAUUCCGGAGCCUGGUGGCCCUUCACAUCCGCAUCACUGUCUUGGCUGAUGUUUUCUCUACUGCUGGCUAUGCACACGGAAGGUCUGCAAUCGGACUUCUUCAGAUUCUCAUGAGCGAUCCGCCGAAAGUCGUCAAAGAGCUAGGUGCCCUCCACCGUGCAUCAGUGUGGGAAAACAUCGUGUUCAAAGCCGACAUGGUGGCCAAGGGGAUGGAGGUGGGUCCGAGCAGUCAGGGAUCUCCCUUAGGGAGAUCGCCUAGCCAUGGUUCGAUACCUCUCCCUGAGCCCAAUGUUGGCGUUAUUGCCAACGGUGUUCAGCCGGGAUUGGUGUUACCCGCACAGUCAUCGUCGCCUACAUCACCGAAGAUAGACACAUCGCGAGAGAAGAAUGCCAAGGCUCUCAAGCACCUAACGCAUGGUCUUCCAAGCGCUUUGGCUCCCUUUUUCCAGGCUAUCGUAAAGUUGUUCUAUGCGAGGCGAAAUCCCGAUGCAACUCAGAAGAAACAGAUUCUAUCUGCCUCAGCAACUAUUGCAGAGAUCAUGGUGGAGCAUCUAAAGUACGAGGUCGAAGGCGAUCGAGUCUGUUGCCUAGACUAUCACAGUGUCAUGUUGGGACUUGCGACGAUCUUAGUUGUCGACGAGCGGACGAUGAAUCCCACUCUUCAUACCGUGUUGCUCCUUGCUUUUCAGCGUGCAAAGGGCUUGGAAGCCAUCUUCACAAUCUGCAGAUACUUCACUGACUUGGUCGAUGGCGUAACGGCAGUGAAACCUGAAGAUCGAACAGAAACUAUGCAGCAGGAACUUGCUCAUGCGCAGGGAGGACUGAAGGUUGCAUUGAAUCUUUUGCACCCAUUACUUUCUUCGAAGCCACUGGUCGAGUCUGGCCAAACGUCACUAGUCACAACUCGGGAGAAGAAAGAUACGGAAUCCGGUUAUUUUGAGCCUCACCAUUUCCUUGUCGAGCUUCGCCUCGAGAGCAUACCCCUGCUACGUAGGAUCUGGGAAGCUUCUUGGCUUCGUUCAUCCCCUUUGACAUUGGUCAGGUCGGUCGUUCAGAUCAUGCUCGAGGUGACGGCAGGUGAGAAUGAAGAGCUCAAGGGGGAUGCUUCCCCAGAAGGUCUCAAUAGCGGAACUGGCCCUCCUGCUGGUAACGGCUUUCAUAUUAGGGCCGCUGGGCCAGAUGAAAAUCGUAUCCGUCAGCUCACUGAUAUGGGAUUCCCUCGCUCUGCUGCCGAACGUGCUCUUGCCCGCACUCAUAAUAAUGUCAAUGCCGCGACCGAACUACUCCUGAGCCAGCCUUACCCAUUUCCCCCUGACCCGCAGCCAAACGGAUCUGCCGCGGAGCAAGAUGAGACAGGUGAUGCCCUUGCGGACGGAGGCGACGAGGAUCCCUCUGAUGAAGAGAUGGAUGUCGAGGACGCUGCCCCGCCGGCUCUUCCAGCCGAGUCUACCCCGCCUCCCCAAUCGACUAGCGAAGAGCAAGGGAAGGGUCUGGAGGAAUUACGGAAAGAUCUCGACGAGGCAAGGGCGAAUUUGAAGAAAGAGCUACCUCGAAAGGCCUUGCAACUGGUUGAUGAACAUCCUUCGUUGAUAUUCGAGGUUCAUCGGGCAUUCACGCACCCAACUGAUGAACUCCAGGAGCAGUCGAUUCGCACGUUGAUUGACGACAUACAAUCAUUCUCACCUGCGGCUUAUGACGUUCAUGAACAACCGCUGGCUGCUAGAUGUCGGUUACUUGCAAUAGUUCUCUCAGAAUCCCCAACGCUCCCGCAAGCCCUUGGACAAAGCUUGAUGGACACCCUUUUAGCUCUACUCCUGUCAAAUUCUGUCCGCGAAGCUUCAUCUCAUCCAAAGUGGUUGGCUUCUCACCUCCUUGUGACGGAAGCUUUGUUCACCAUAGGCGAGCAGCCCUUUACUGCUGCUGUGCCGAAAGAGAAUGAACCCGUGACCACUCCUAACAUUUCUGCUGGCCCAGCAUAUGCUGAUGCCCGACCCAUUAUAUUCGAUUUCUGCCUCCGGUUACUAGCUGAUCCCGACCUCCCUAGGGAUGAGCUGUUGUCUACGCUGCGCCUCCUAGUCUUGCUCACAAGAGAUCACGGCACAGCAUCUGAACUCAUCAAGCACGAUGGACUUCCCCAUAUCUUUUCACAUCUCAAAGGAUCUGCUGUUCCUGGUGGUCAAUCUUAUGCGGUGAUCAUACUUCGCCACAUCGCUGAGGGGUUAUCUGUGCUUCAACACAUCAUGAAGCAAGAAAUCAAGCGGCUAUUCUCUCAGCCACGCACAAGGAUAAUUGACAUCUCAGGAUAUAUGCGUAAUUGCAGUUCAAUGGCUCUCAGAGAUCCAUCUACAUUUAUCCAGGCAACUCAGGACCUUUGCCAGCUUCAGCAACCUUUCUCCGCAGUCCAUCAUGUUACCCUCAAGCCUGGAACUCCGCAGCCGAGCACCAACAUUGAAACCGCAGAGCGUAAUGACAUGCAGAUCGACCAACAAGCGCCGCCGGAUGUUCAUGAGCCUGACACAGAGGCUUUGGAGACAAUGGUACAUUUCCUUAUAAGCGAGUUGAUGAAGAAUGUGCGCUCUUCUUCUGAUAAUGAUGUCACAACGAAGCGCGAAGAUGCAACACAGAGCCCUUCCGAGAGCGUUGAUGCAAGCAUGGAUGAUCUAAACGAUCAAGACCGGCAUUCGUACUGCUGCUUUAUUAUGCAAUGCCUCACAGAAUUGCUUUUUUCCUACGACGCCUGCAAACUCGCGUUCUUAUCCUACUCUCCGAAAAAGAAAAUGUCAACUCCUGCCAAAGAUCCCACUACCAAACAUCGCGCAGCUGUCCUCCAGUUCUUCCUUUCUGACCUCAUAAGCUUUAAAACCAUUGCUUCCCAGCCAUAUGCGAAAGCGAACCAAGCGUUCUCUCUUUGUACUUGUGCAAUGUCCGUACUUGUGGCUCUCUGCGUCGACAGCUCUGCAGGGGUGGAAUCCAAGGAUGUUUCCGCGGACUUGAUCUCAGUCCGCAAAUUCACCCUAGAAGCCAUUAGUCGAGCCAUCAAGGAGUUCACAUUACAGGACACUGUGGAUGCGAGAUACGGGCACCUUCUCGCUUUGGCGGAUCUAUGCAACCGACUUCUUACUGUACGCUUCAACAACGGCAGCCGCAAAUCGCAGGACGAGAGUACAACGCACAUUGCGAAGAUCAUGUUGGAAAAAAACUUUGUCUCAAUCUUGACCAGCGCACUAGCUGAAGUUGACCUGAACUACCCGAAUGUUCGUGGUCUUGUGGCAUCGAUCCUUAGGCCAAUGGAAAACCUCACACGGAUUGCCAUCAAGAUGAGUCGCGCAACUGAAAAGGCCAAAGACGGUGGCGAUGGAAAGGUUUCCCACAGCGUAGUCUCCGAGGACGAGGAUGAAGAUGAGAACAUUGAUGUGGAUGACGACGAUCGAGAAGAGACUCCCGAUCUGUAUAGAACUUCUGCUCUAGGCAUGUUCGGAGGCGAGAUGGAAGAUAUCAAUUAUGCACAAGAGGAUGAAAUGGCUGAAGGAGACGACGACGAGGAUGAAGACGUUGAAAUGGAGUAUGGCGAUGAGACUGAUAGCGCAGCGACGUCAGAUUCUGAGGAUGAAUUGGAAGGUGGCGGGGAUGAUGAUGACGAAGACAGCAACGGAGGUGAAUGGCACGACGAAGACGAAGAGUACGAGGAAGAUGACUUGGUCGAGAAUGAGGACGGCGAGGAUGAUGAUGAGCCUGCAGCUGGUGAAGAGGGUGAUGAAGAGAUCAUGUGGCAGGAUAUCCGGGGAGGGGAUGACGAAGAUGAUGAAGUUGCUGAUGAAGAAGAGGAAGAAGAGGAGGAGGAAGAGGAGGAGGACGAACACGGAGAACCAGUUGCUGUCAUUCAUGCAGAUCAAGGAGAAGAACCUGAUAUAUUAUCAGACGAUGAAGAGCAAGUCAUGUUUUUCCAUGAUGAAAUGGGUGUCAUUGAUGUGCAAGGCAUCAUCCAAGAUGGGGGAUUCAGAUUCACCGGUGCUGUUGACCUUGAGGGGGAAGAGCUUGAUGACCGGGAUCCCUUCAUUCGCAGGCGCCGUAACACGGGCGAGGACGUUCAAGUAUUCGGUCGUCCUCGACAUGUAUCAGCUGCGCUACCAGAAGCUACUGUCCACCCCCUUCUUUUGGAUGCCUCUACAGGCACGAACCGUCCUGUUGGCUUAACUCGCGUGGCUCGCCGCUCUCACAGGGGCGCAGCUGGGGGCGUUCAACAUGACCUUAUACACUCCAUCGAAGACAUCAUUGGGGGUGAUGGAGGUCAGAUCUUUCAAACCAUCAUAGACCGUCAUGGUCCGGAAGCCAUAAGAGUGGAUGUCACUCCUGGUGCCAUGGUGGAUGGCCGAGGAUUCCUUGGCCGAAGGGGCGCUACUCUAUUCACUGGGGUCAGAGUCGACGGUGUGCGGGUGGAUCGUGUGUCUCGACCAAGCGAUUCCCGUGGCGAUUCUCGCGCGUUCGAUCCCCUGUUGACAAUACAAAGGUGGACCGAAGAAGCCAAGACGUUGAACGGCAAGCACGUUUCCGAAAGAGCAAAUAGGCUGGGCAACCAUGUCAUCAUAGCGUUACUUCCAGCCGCUAUCGAGGCCUCACAACAGAGGGAACAGCAGAAGCGUCAAGCUCAGAUCAAAGCAGAAGAAGCGGAAGCGCGCCAAUUGGAAGCUGAUCGCACUGGGGUUGAGGAGGCUGCAACUUCUGGCAUGGUAGCCUCUCAUACAAGUCCGGAAAAUAUUGCGAAUGCACAGCCCGAGCCUAUCACAUCUGAUCCACCACCUCUGACCACCAUUGCUUCGAACUCUGAUGUAGAAAUGGGUGAUAUACACUCCCUUGCUCCGCAUUCUGACGAGCAUGUCGCAGCUCGAGCUCCAGAAGCCUCCUCGGAAAUCACCGCUGCAGGAGAAGUGCCAGGGCCUUCUCAACCUGCUCCCUCUGAGCGUGUUAUUGUGAUGAUCCAUGGUAGCGAGGUGGAUAUCACUGACAUGGGCAUUGAUCCGACUUUCCUUGAAGCCUUACCUGACGAUAUACGAGAAGAGGUCAUCAACCAACAUGUACGGGACCAACGCGCAGCAAGGGUUGAGCGCCCGGCCGACUCCCAAAUCAGUCCAGAGUUUCUUGAUGCCUUGCCACCGGAAAUUAGAGCCGAACUCAUCCAACAAGAAAGGAUGGAGCAGUCCAGACAUGCUCCAGUGCCUGCACCCACACAAGGCCCUCCAGGAGUUGCAGCGGAUAUUGAUCCGGCAAGCUUUAUUGCUAGUUUGGAUCCACAGCUCCGACAAGUUGUUCUGAUGGAUUCUGAUGAUGGUUUGUUGCAAACUCUACCGUCUUACAUGAUUGCAGAGGCUGGUGUUUACCGCGAUGAGGUAAAUGGAUCUCGAGGCGGUAUCGCUGCUCGCACUCUCAGAACUACUGCUACUGCUCAACGCCCUCUCCCACCUCGCAAAGUCCCCGCCCCGCGCGAUGCUAUUCAGCUUCUCGACAAGGCUGGGGUAGCGACGCUCGUUCGCCUACUCUUCUUCCCUCACGUUCUAAAGAAGAAUCUGCUUUUCAAGAUCUUGGUCAACAUCUGCGAAAAUAGCAAGACCCGUUCUGAACUAUUCAAUCUUCUUCUCAGUAUUCUCCAAAGUGGCCCAGGGGACCUGGCUGCUGUGGACAAGAGCUUCGCGCAAAUGACAACUCGUACUCCAAAAUCUGCGGUGCUUCAAACACCUAAAGCCGCUGCCAAGGUGAAAACAGCAGCGGACCUCAGCACACCAGUGGCGAUUGGCGGCUUCCAGAUCGAGACAGUCCCAGACCUCGUCGUGCAGCGUUGCCUAGAAGCUAUGACCUACAUCGUCAGUUCAAAUGAACAGUCGUCGCUAUUCUUCUUGACCGAACAUGAGCUCCCGGCCGGUUUGAGGAAGAUGCCCUCUAGGAAAGGUAAAGGCAAGGAGAAACCAAUGCCCCAGACGCAUUUCCCAAUUGUAUUACUUCUUGGCCUUCUUGACCGACAAUCACUCCUCAAAACACCCUCGACAAUGGAUUCCGUCGUGACGCUCUUAUCGACGGUCACCAAACCUCUGACAAGUCUUAAAUCGGAUAAGAAGGAGCAGUCAAAUGACGUUGCGCCAGAGACUUCCACUUCUGUGGCACCUGCUGGUGCACCUGCAACGAUUACCUCUGGGGAUGCCGAGGCCCACGAAUCAACUGCAGCGUCAGUUGAACCUCUUAAGCCUGAUGUCCCAGUAGAAACUCAGACAGAUGUGAAACCCUUACUUGCUGUUCCCCCACAAAUCCCCCAUUCGGUGUUGCGUUUGAUCGUGAACAUUCUUGCGGUCGGAGAAUGCUCAUCACGCACCUUCCAGCAGUCUCUUGCCUUGAUACAAAAUCUCUCACACAUUCCUGACGCGCGCGAUAUAAUCGCGCAGGAGCUUAAAACAAAGGCGCAGGACUGUGGACAUACCAUCCUUGCUGACCUGGGCGAUCUCGUGAGUGCCUUGACGAGCUCACGCGAUGAUGUCUUGGCAUCCUCCGUCGCACCGAAAUUCUCGUCGCCAUCCUCAGACCAGACGAAGCUUCUACGGGUUCUCAAAACCAUUGACUAUAUGUACACGCCCCGCGUGGUUGGUCCCGUGACAGACGAAACUCGGAAAAGUGAAGAUGCUGAAAAGGUGCAGACUAUCUACGAAUCCUUCCAUUUCGCACCUCUUUGGAGACGCUUAGGAGAUUGUCUGUCUACGAUUGAAGAGAAGCCAGAGCUGGAGCACAUGGCAAUUGUACUGCUCCCUCUGAUCGAGGCACUGAUGGUAGUGUGCAAAUACGUAGGAUCAAAGUCGGCCGGGGCUCGUGCCCUUCGAGCAGCAGCAUCUCCUCGCUCUCCAACGACUUCUCGGGAGAGUAUGGAGGACCUCUUCGUGUCAUUUACGGAUGCGCACCGCAAGGUGCUGAAUCUCAUGGUCCGCAAUAAUCCGUCUUUGAUGAGCGGCUCAUUCUCCUUGCUGGUACAUAAUCCCCGUGUCCUCGACUUCGACAACAAACGAAAUUAUUUCACUCAGCAACUUCACCGUCGCCCGCACCCCCGUGAACACCAGGGCACGCUCCAGCUAAACGUACGCCGAGCCAGAGUGUUCGAGGAUAGUUUCCAGUACCUUCAGCGCAAGACGGGAGAGCAGAUCAAACAUGGCAAACUUAGCGUACGCUUCUAUGACGAGGAGGGCGUGGAUGCUGGUGGCGUUACCCGAGAAUGGUUUCAGAUCCUGGCACGUCAGAUGUUCGAUCCUAAUAACGCUCUCUUCCAACCUUGCGCGGCCGACCGUCUCACUUACCAGCCUAACAAGAACUCAUGGGUCAAUCCCGAGCAUCUGUCUUUCUUCAAAUUUGUAGGCCGCAUCAUUGGGAAGGCGAUCUAUGAUGGCCGUCUCCUAGACGCCUACUUUGCGAAAAGCAUAUACAGGCAGCUCUUGGGAAAACCCGUGGACUACCGGGACGUCGAGUGGGUUGAUCCCGCGUACUAUAACUCGUUGUGCUGGAUUUUGGAUAAUGAUCCAACACCCCUGGACUUGACAUUUAGCGUCGAAGCGGAUGAGUUCGGUGUGAAUCGUAUCUUUGCUUUAAAGGAGGGCGGAGAGUCAAUACCCGUAACGCAGGAGAACAAGCGAGAGUUUGUGCAGCUCUCCGCAAAUUUCCGACUAUAUUCGUCAAUCAGCAAACAAAUUGAGAAUCUUGUAGCAGGCUUCCAGGAGAUCAUUCCAAAUGAGCUUAUCACAAUCUUUAAUGAGCAAGAGCUUGAGCUACUCAUCUCCGGCACUCCUGAUAUCGACGUCGACGAAUGGCGCGCAGCUACUGAGUACAGUGGCUACACAAGCUCUGACCCCGUGAUAGUUUGGUGGUGGAGAGCUCUCAAAUCCUUUAAUCGAGAGGAGCGAGCCAAGGUCCUUAGUUUUGCUACUGGUACUUCACGGGUACCGCUUGGUGGUUUCGUGGAUCUACAAGGUGUUCAGGGCGUUCAGAGAUUCUCCAUUCAUCGCGCAUAUGGAGACCCGGAUCGAUUGCCACAGGCCCACACUUGCUUCAAUCAGAUUGACUUGCCGCAAUAUUCUUCGUACGAGAUGUUGCGACAACAAUUACUACUCGCCAUUAACGAGGGCGGGGAAGGAUUCGGAUUUGCAUGAUGCAGAGUAUCUCAAUGGAGAAUAGAUAUUGAUCACCGACAUGUAGAAACACACAUUGUAUAUAUAAGCAAUUGCAUAUUCCUCAGCACUUUUGGAAGUUCUUGUUGGCUCUUUGCCC